UCAAAACGAAAAUACCACUUCCGGUUAUGGUUGUCGAAUGCCUACUCUGUACUAAAUUAUAGAGGUACACCAGAUUAAUCUACUACGCGCGUCAACUUUCAUGAUUUUUUGACAUUUUUAUUGUGCAUCGCUUAUAUGGAUGAAUGAGGGAUCAAAUAAGUCACAGUUUAGAAGCAAAUAAUGGUGAUUACGGGCGUAAUUAUUUACUGAUAAGGUUUGUUUGGGAUGUUCCAAUCUGGUCAUUACCCUACCGCUGACAGAUGAAAUGUUACCAGCAGCAAACUGCAUGGGCAGUGUUCCUGUUAACAUUAGGAUCCCGUCAAGUAAAUAAAUAAAAAUGUAUGAUUAAAAGAAGAAAAAAACUUUUUUUUGCAAUUUUCGCAUUUAAAAUAAUUAAAAUACUAAAGAGGUCAGUCAAUUGCAAACAUAAGUGACGAAGGCAAAGUGUGUAGGCCCGAGAGAUUGAGAAGUUCAACAAUGAGCCAGACUUCGAACAUGGAGAUUGAUCCACCAGCUUCUUCUAGCGUACCAACAAGUCAGGGAGGAGGAACAUUGAAAAGGUCGAACAGUGCUCCAAUGAUCAACAUGCUUGUAGCAACCUCCCAUGUGGAAGUCAGCCAAUCUUCGUCCUUUAAAGCUGCCGACACAGCUCGCAUCCGUCGUUUGAGUUCCAGCAACAUGGGUAUUCACAAUAUUGCUUAUAGCCCAAAGCCUCCAGACCGUGUUAACCAAAUCAAGCACGAAGAAAACAGCAUCACUCACAGAGAGGCAGCCCAUGAAAAAGAAGUCCACUUUGCACUGCAGGUGACCAAUUCUUGGGACAUCUUUUCAUUAACAAAUACAGAUCAAACCAUGUCCGAAGCACAUCGUCGACCACGGUCAUUUAGUGAGUCUCUUCAUAUUCUUACCACACCAAGUCAGUCAUGUGGCUCACCAUCUCCAACUCGCAACUUGAAGCAGUGCUUUUCACCAGCAAUGCGUGCUCCUGUGAAGAAUACCACAUUCACUCCCAGUCCAAGUCCUAGUCCUACUCGCAAAAGUUUUAUCAGAAGUCUUAGUCCCAUUGCCACUCAAUCAGCACCAUUAAAGAGAAAAUUGGAAUCAGAUGGGGUGGACCGAUAUGACUACUUAAGUCCACCCAAAAAGUUUCACACUGGACCCAGCACACCAGAUAGAAACCUUCCACAUCCACUAGCACACAGCAUUUCCUCAAGCAGUCUGGAAGAGAGCAGUCCAGAGCAGACAGUGCCACGUGGUCUGAUGCCUCCUCUACCCCCAGCACCCCAUACCCAUACCCAUUCCCAUUCUGAUGACAGGCACAAGACCCACCAUCUGCGGGCAUUUAUGCCAGUUCACGAUCCCACAGAUAUUCACAUGACAGAUUCAGAGAGUUCUGACUUUGCUGAGAGUUCCGACAUAUCAGAUUUAACCAAACAUGGGCUCGGAACACACAAUCCUCAGACCAGCGGUUUCACACCUAUUCAUCCAGACCAUAUAUGAGUUGACCAAAGACAAAACAAACCAGAAACCAAAAGGAGAAAUGAAGAGGAAAAGAUGCAAAUGGUGUCCUUCUCAACUUAGAUGAUGACAGUUGUUCAAUAGUUUAAAAGACCUAAUGUAGUGCAAGCUGAGGAGAAAGUGGGGAAAGAUGGAAGAUGAUAAAUUCUGAGGAUAACUAAAGAAUACAAAUUUAUCAGAUAGUUAAAUAUUCUACAUCAUUAGCACAAACAUGGGCUGUGAAUGUGUGAAGCAUCCUUGUUUGCUGGCUUCAGUUUCAGAACAUGACCAGUCCUUUCCCAGCAUACAUUGUCUUGAAAUGAGCAGAUAGCUAUAAAGAGCAUACUACUUGCUAAUUGCUUAAAAGCCAGUGAGCAGCAAACAGUUGUGUGGAUGCAGUCUUAUGGAUUGAAUAUGUGGAUGUUCCCAGACAGAUCUUUCUUGGUGGAAACAUUUUGAAAUGCCCAUUUUUCAAAGUGGCUGCAGAUCAGUGUACGCAGAAACUAUAUCACCUGCUGUGAAGCUGGAGAAGACAGCUUUGAAGAUGGACAUUAAAAAUGCCCAGGUUUAAUGAAAGCUUUAGCUCAGUGGUACAUGCUUGAAGAAAAGCUUAAAAAAUGGAUUUCUGAUGGAAAAUAUUACAUCUGCAUUUUCUGCAGAGCAUAGAGGGACAUGUUUAUUUGAAAAACACCUUAAUCUGAAUUUUAGUUGAAGGGGAUCUCUACACUAGUGCUACAUCAAGAGCUGGAAAAUAUAUUUUGUGUGCUUGAAGGAAAGACAUCUUUUUCACUACUGUGCAUCUUCUCUCAGUGCCGUAGAAAUGGACUGGAGAGUGUCAUAAACUGGACCGAACUGUGCAGAAUAGUGACAGUGUGAUACAUUAUUGGUAAAUGGUAAAUGUAAAAUGCUGUUAAUAGUUUAGCUUGUCAUCUCCUUAUCAUCAUAUCAGAUGCAAAACUGUUUUGUUGUAAUACUCAAAUUAAGGUAAUUUUUUUUUAUUUUGUAUUCAUGUUGUAGUAAUUAUUCUAUGUUGCCCAUUUGGUAGAAAAGAUUUGGACUAACAGACGGUGUGUUAAUGAGAAAACUGCAUGGUUUUAACAUGACAGCAGUAGUUUUGAAGCUCAGUGACAUAAAAAUUUGAGUGAAAGAAGGGGAAGAAAGUAGUGCGUUUUUUUUUUUUAAUUACUAUUUGGAAAUGUUAUUUGGUGCCUGUUUUUUGUCCAAAAAAGGGAAGUUGGGAUAUGGAUUGCUUUUGUCUGAAUGAGGAUGAUUCCUCUUUUGUUUCCUCACCCCUUUUCCAACUCCCCCAUUUGUAAAGGAAGUUUAGUGCUUGCCUUUUGCUGACCUAUAGCAUCAAUUUCACCACUGGAGGCUUCUGUUUUUAAUUUGGCAAGCAUACAAGAGGGAUACUUUAACACGAGAACGUUAGACCAGACCCAUGCACUUCAAGAUCAGUUGCCAGACCCAUGUAUUUCAAGUACUGCAUUUUCAGGAGCCAGGUGCAAAGUUUUUAUGACAGCAAAAGUGCUGUAAAUAAUGCUAAUUACUGCCAUGGAAAUGAUGAUAAACUCGAUAGAUACAAACACAUAGAAAAAUGGACUUGAGGUGGGCUAAAAGUGCAAGACAUUUAACGGUUAUAGAAAAGUUUACUUUAACGGUUAUAGAAAAGUUUACUUGGUUGCAUUUUCAAAACAGUGAUAUCAUUAUUUUGACUUUUUUUUCAUCUCUUUAUAGCUCAGAAGUUUUCUACUAAAUCACUGAACAGACAUUUUGUUUUGACUAUUAAUAAUUCGCUAAACUGUAAAGAGUUAAUCUUGCACUCUGUUUGGGUCCCUUUUUAAAAAAUUUUUCGUUUACCUCAUAAUUCUGCUUCCUGGUUACCGCACUGUUGAUGCGAGUUAAGCUUCUGUGAAGUUUCUGAUGGAGGCAAAGCUGACCUGUUCUACUAAAGAAUUGAAGACAUUCUUUAGUAAUGAACAAAAGGCUCAUUAUUUUCCCUAGUCAAGAGGAAAGUUUUACUUCUUACUAAAGAAUAAUCCUCCCCCCACUGCCUUCAGUUUCCAUUUUGCUGUUUCUUUUUGUAGUAUGCUUGUAUACAAAUACACAUACCUGAUAUACUUGCAUAAGUGAUGGGCUAUAAGAAAUGUUGGGCUGCCACUCUUUGCAGUGCACCAUGUGUAUAAACCUCACCAUUUGAGAUAAUAUUGUACAGUUUACCCCUAGUCAUUAGAGAGUGAAAGGGUUUUUGGCUGGUAUUGAGAAGCUUGCCUACUUGAGAAUAGUUUUAAUCAAAAAGUCAAACCAUUAGCUAGAAUUAUGCAUUGUUGGAUUUUUUUCCAUGCCGUUCUUUCUUGCUCUCGGUGUUAUCUGCAGCAUUUUUCACCAUGAUCCUGACAUUGCUGCAAGUCAUUUCUUAAAGAGAAUGUGCAGAUUUUACCACCUUAAUCAUGAGAUUGCAUUUUGCAUCAUAGUUUUCAUGUGGAAAACAUUCUCAUGGCUUUAUUUUCAUCUGCUUGCUUUACAUCCGCUCCAAACUUUGUUACUAAACAUGCCAUUUUAAUAUUUAUACAUUUUGGCAUGGCAGUAUCUAAAUUUAAAAAGUCUCUUUGGAAUAGGAAAAGACAGUCUUCCUCCAUACACAAAAAAGGAAUUAAUCCUUUCUUUGUUAGUGAGUUUUCAGAAGUGUUCUGACUUGUUGAAUUAUUUCAGAUAUGUAUUUUCUAACUGACAUAAGAUAUGUGUGCAUGUGUGUGAGAUGAAGCAUGAAAAUAACACCCAGCAGUCCAAGUUUCCUAAACCAUAAAGCCCCAGUUUAGAAAAUUGAUCCAGGAUUAGUGCUUCAGUGCAUGGUUGCUACAGAAAAGUUUCUUAUAAAGAAGUUGUUACAGCAUGAAAAAUGCUAUAACUUAAGACAAAAUUUUGCAGACUGCUUGUGGUUACCUAUUUCUGUUUAGAUGCAGACCCUAGAGGUGACUGUUGAUGUCUUAAUAGUGCACUUUAGCUGCAGAUUGCCGGAUCCAGCACCAGUUAUUUCUCAUCUAGGGUCUGGAAGUAUAUUGUCUAUGAUGAUGAGUUAGGCUUUAGCUUGGCAUGAAGGGCAUGGGCUUCUUGUAAAAGAAGUGUUUAUUACUGUGGUGCAAAACAAAGAAACAAAUGGAGCAGUUUGAUCAAAACUAAUGUUUAGAGGGCAAUCUUCUGAUGGCAGAAGAUUUAUAUUGUUCCUUGUUCGUUGCAAUUUUUCUUUAGUGCUUGUUGCAAUUUCAUUUUGGACAUUAGCUGCAGAAACUUUAUGGAUUUGUAAUUUCUGUUACAGGUUAUUUGUGGUAAUAGUUAUUAUUUGUAUGAGGACUUAAAGGGGUCUUCAUUGGGAGGUCAUUUUAAUAACAGGUCAUUUUAAAGGUGUGCAUAAAACAUAAUAAAAGUAUUUAAACUCAUUUUCAUGAUGCAUUUAUAAUAAUAAUGAAAAAUGAAUACAACUGCUGUCUUUAUAGAAUGUGGUUGGAGGUGAUCUUUGAUGUCAAAAUGCAUUUUCUAGCUUCAUACCCUGCAUAAACUAUACUGAUAAACAGUGAUUGUACUGGUACCUGGAAUCUGUCGCAACACUUACUGUUCAUGUGCUUGUUUACAACAAAUGUUUAACAAUUUAAAAAGAUUUCACAGCUGUGUAGACGCCUCCUUCUGUGUUAUGCUGCAAUGCCUGCAUACAUAGGUCUUAAUAUUAUUGUGAGAUGAUGAUUUGCUUAAAGGCUGAACUAAUGUUUACCAGGAAAGAAUGGGUCAAUCAGGGGGACGUAGAAACAGCUAGUCAAGCAUGACGUCUGAAAUCUGUGCUUUUCAUCUCCCUUUCCGAAAUCAAAUCAUUCUCUCUUCAGUUAAGCUCAGAAGUUCAGUCUUUAAGAAGAAAUACACAUAAUAAGAAAGCUGUUUCUGCAAGUGGUGGGCCAAGAGCUUCCAGUGCAACUACACAGUAAUUUUUUUCUUGUAAAAAGAUUGUUUAACCUUUGAUAAUGGCAAACAAGUUUCUUACAGUUAAGGCCAUGCACUCUGUGUAGAUGAUUCUCUGACUUAACAUAUUUAGGAUGACAAGUUCUGGACAUAAAGCACCAGUCUGAUAGAAUUCAAAAACAUUUUGCUGUGCUGGAUAGAUACAGUUUUGUCUAUAGUGCUUUGCUGCAAUUUGGCCUCAGAGGUUGUAGGUUUCAGCCAGCACUGUUGUCCCUGCUACACCUUUAUUUAUUACAUAAAGUAUAUCAUUUUUUGGAAUAUUCUUUUUCUUGUUACUGCACAUCGAAGCUGGCAGAUUAUGUAACCUGUUUUACUGGCUUCACAGCUGGUCGUAACUCACCUUCUUCUUUUUACACCCCACCAACCUCUAUGCCAUUUAAAAGUUAUCUGUGCUGAAACCAGCACUAAAAUUGUCAAAUAUCUGUACUUGUACAUAUGUAAAUAGCUGUUCUUGUACAUAGAAGUAAACACAUAAGGUAUUAAAAAUGAUCUUGACUACCCACUUUCUUUUUUGUCGGAAGUGACUACACUUUGAAAUGUUAAAAUUUUGGGAAAGUUGAGCCAUAUAUUUUUGAAAGUUUUUUUUGCAUGCAGUCUUGAAUAGACCAUGAUCUAGUUCGCACCUUUUUCAGUCUCUUAACUGGAAUGCAGCUGUUAACCAUAACAUUUUCGCGUUUUAACAUGAUGCAGCAAUCAUUUGAAAGUUUCCCUGAUUCUGAGAAGUGACAUAAUUGUUGCAGCUUGGUCUUUAGAGGCUUUUUUUUUUUAGACUACAUCCAUUUCAUAUUUUCAGUACAUCAUCAGCCUAUAAAGCACAAUGCUCAUUAUAAAUGCUGCUUUUGUGGUAGGGCCUUUUUCUUUAAUGGAUUAGCGUGUAUGUACCUGUCUACUGGGAGUCUGUGCACAAGACAUCUACAGAAUCAGCACAGUUUUGCCAUGGUUGGGAGGCCUUGUAGUUUCAUCUUCUGGGUAUGUGAUGUCUCAGCAGUGUAUGCCUAUAAAGUGCAGCCUGGCAUUUGCUUCUUUUCAGUUUGGUUCUAUGCAUUCUGGCUGAAGCACACGCUGCUGCACACAGCUCAUCUUUGGCAUGUUGGCAAAGCUGUUUGUCACUAGGACUUUGUGAUUUUGUUUCCUUUGCUGUGGCAGGAUCAUAUCACAUCAGAGUGUUCGGAUAAAAAUGUGUACAAUGAUCACCAGAUAUGAUAAGUGAGAAGUCUCACCAGCAUUUAAUCAACAAGAAAGCUAAGGGUGGGUGGGGGAUGUGUGUUUCUUCAUUUGCAUGAGGUGCAUUUUGUGUGUAUGUGCAUGUAUGUUGAGGAGAUUAGAGCAAGACAUAGGAUUUAUUUUGGGUUUGUGUUGACUGUUUUCUCCUCCCUGUUUGUAAUGCAUAGUUUGUGAACUUUUGAUUUUAUUUUAAAUGGGAGUGGAGGUAGUUGAGAAGUGUACAAAGUCUUAGGUCUUUUCUUAAUGAUUGUGUGCGGCAAGUUUGACACUUAAAUUCUCUCUCUGUCCUCUCCCUGACCUGGGUUUCCUGCAUCCUCCCUAUAUUAAUUCUCACAGUUUCUUCGUUGCUUCAUCCAUCCACCUCUACCUCACUAAGUUCUUUGCUCAUUUUAUCAUCUUCUCACACUUGUCUAAUUUACUUAGAACUUAGAAACUCCUACAAGGGAGUCAACUGCCAGCAAUGGUGGAACAUUGUUUCUUCUAGCCAGCUUUUCUUUUAAAAAAAGUUUGUACCACCAACUUACUGCACCACUGAUGGAAACACAAUGCCUCUACUUAUAAACUGUAUGACAAUGAAAAUACUUUCUUGAUCUUUGUGAACUGCAGUUAUCAUGCAACUGUUGGUGAAAUAACAGUCAGUAUUAUGCUGGAAACACUUUAGGAGCAGUGUGUUAAAACAACUUUUCCCAGUUCUGUUUCAGUCUUUCUGGGUCACGUUUAAAUCUGCUGCACUUCCUUCUCCCUGCUACUCUUUCCCUCUUAAGUUUCAUUGGUUGAUGUCAAUCAUCGAAUAUGCUCCAUGGUCCAUACGCUAUCUUCAUGAGUGAACUGUUACACUUAACCCUUACCCUCCACCUAUAUAUAUAUACACCCAGCACACUAAAGUUUCAAUAUUUCGAGUACACCCCAUAAUUUUUAGCCACCCCUUACACAACUACAGACAUUUUUGGGUUUGUUUUCCAGUAUUCUGACCUCAUGGAUGCUUCUACUUGAGCAAUGUUUAUUCUGUAAUAUCUAGUCCAGACCCAUUUCAACCUUACGCUUUCAGUAUUUCCAACACUUUGUCCCCUCUCCCUCCUAGCACGCAUGCAUGCACACACAAUGAGCUCCACUCCAUCUUGUAUGUAAACAGUGAUUCUACGACUGUUUUUGAGACCAACAUCCAUUCUUAUUAUGUUUGUGUUUUGUUUGCUUGUUUUUAGUAAAGCACUUUGAGCCCACCUUUAAUGGUGGGGAAAACUGCUAUACAAAUAAACAUUAUUAUUAUUAAACUAUCAUAUUGGAUUUGGUCUCAUUGCAUUUUUAAUGAUACAGAUCAUUUUAUAUUUAAAAUUAUAGGAACUGAUCAGGAUGGCAUUUUUUUCACUCCCCAGCCCCUUUCAGUCAUUUUCUUGUAAAUAGCAACAUGUUGAAUAUGUGCAAUGCAGGUAAUUCAUUUUUUUUUUAAUCCAGUGAUCAAGUAUUUCACCCCAGCCCCAUCUAUUUCUUUUGCACACAAAGGUUAUAAACAUGAUCUUUUGUUACAUUUUUUUUUUAGCAUCUGUACAUAUAAUAUUGUGGACUUGAAAGUUUCAGCUACAGUGAUUUACUUGGGAUUUUGUUGUAUUUCUUGUGUAAAUACAUACUGCCUCUUUUUGUUACCAAAGAUUUAACAAUGCGCUAGUAACAUCUUGUUUAUGUCAGCCUUGUCAUAGGGCGUUUUGAAAUGUUGGAUCACCAACAGUUAUCUACGACGACUGUAGUAGGCGUUACUUAAGUAAACAUUGGGUUGCUUCCCAACCCCACAUACCUUUACUGAAACUAUAUUACCCUUUGUGCAUAUGAUGUUAUCGGCAGAUGGGCUUUGUAAUGUCUUUUGUCACAGUAGUUUGAACUGUAGGCUUGUGUUCGCACUCAGGGUAAAAAUAGGUCUGACAAAAUAAAGAAUGUCGACGUCUUGAGCAUCAG